CCGCGGCUGGUUGCAGCCGCCAAGCUCCAUGCCAGUACCUUCAUUUUCUCGUGGACCAUGGUUACCUCUCAACACCCCAAUACUGGUACCGGUAGCAAUAGCAGCAAUGGCAGCAGUCGGAACAAAGGAGUUGGUCAUGACAAGAAAGCGUUCUAUGGUCUGCUGCUCCUGCUGGGCUUGGCCAUGGUGGUCAUCUUUAUGCAGCAGACAAACUUGAGAAAUCUGCAGCAAAACUACCAAAAUCACCAUCAUGAAUCUACUAGUCAUAAUACUAGUGACGCUUCCUCAUCUGCGCUACAACGAUCAGUCCAGAAUGACACCAGUAGUGGCAAAAUAGUAAAGAAGAAGAAACUCCCGGACUGGCGUAUUGCCAUGGAUUGUUCCAUCUGGGACUUUCACUGUGUCACUACCCGGCAAAAGUCCGGUGUGUACGAAGCGUAUCCAUUUCCCUACACCAGGAAGUACGACCAUGAACAUUUGUUUAAGUGGGAACAAAUGGACAAAGUCCCUGUGGAAUGGCAACAGGAACUGGCCGAUAUCAAUACAACACUAUCCUUUCCACCACCACGGACCGUGGAAUACACCUACAAGGAACAGGUCUCCGAGUCGGAGCUUCAAAAAUGCCUCCAGUCGGCGCAGGAUCUGUCGUGGAAAGAACAAAUACGCUCUUUGAUUCAGGGGCCCAACAAACAACUGGAUGCCAGCAAAAAUGAUCUGAAUUUGUUGGCGUUUACCAUAUCCGACUACAAGUAUGCCAAGGACAUGAUGCACGACUUCUUCCAAAUGAACGACAACAUUGUGGGAUUACCAGGCGCCCUCUUCAUGGUGGCCAUUGAUCACGAAACCUUGGAAAUGGCAUGUCGCUACAAUUACCCUGUCGUGGCAUGGACCAGUGCUGUUCCUCGAAAAACUAUUGAUACAGAACGAGAAGACCUCAAACAUUCGGUCGCCAACACCAAAUUCGAAGUAUCCUCGGCAUUGGUGGAAAUGGACCAAGACUUUUUCUUUUACGAAAUGGAUGUGUGGUUCCUUCAGUCACCCAUGCCCAUACUGGCACUAUUCCAUGAUGACAUCUUGUUUUCCUCUCAUCAGUACUGCCCCAAGUGUGUCAAUAUUGGAGUUUACCUGGUCCACGCCAAUGCUGCCACCAAGGAAUACUUCAAAGUAGCCAUUCAGCUGGCCCAAGAAUGCCCGGACACCCAUGAUCAAUUCGUCAUGGCACAGAUCUUGCACAUGGUCAACAUGGGCGAAAAGUUUGGCUAUAGCAAUCAAUGGAAACCGGCCCCACCAGAUUACAUUCCCAAGUUUGAACAUCCCGUCAAGCAUGGAUUUUUCAGUUCUCAUGAAAUUGCGGCUGCGGAACGGCCAUACACAUCCCAAAUGGCCAUUGCCAUUCAUCCACUACGAGAUGCUCCACUCAAAAGCCCACACGGCAAGAAAAUUCUGGCCAAAGAAAUGGGAGCCUGGUAUGGAUUCGAGGGACCACCGGGUGCCCUCCAGGCAGGAACAGCAGCGGGAUACUAUCAUCGCCAAGGUAGAGCCAGGAGAUACUUGAUGAUGGAUGGGCACAUUUUGAAUGGAUAUUCCAAUGUCAUUAAUUGGGAGUUUGAUGGGAACGAAGCUGGCAUAUUCAAACAUUACGCAAACCUGUUUUGGACGGUGGCCGCACUGGUGGCACUGGCACGCCGAACUGGUCGCAUUUGGAUUCUGCCACCAGUGGGUGAAGAGCGUGGCAUUCAUUUUCUAUGGUCUCUUUUGGAUCUCGAAUCAGUGGAAGAACUGGGUGUUGACUAUCGGGAAACAACAUUUUUCAACAACCAAAAGUCUUGGAUCCGUCCCCAUGACACUCCCUUUGACACGGUUGCUCGAUCAGCUUUGGGGAGUUUCGAUAAGGAUCAGACCAUGUUUGCACAGUAUAAUGAUGUCCAUGAUGAUCCCGUGACACGAGCGUGGAAGUUUGGCACUGAUCAGGUUGAUUCCAUUGAUGCAUGGUGGGCACUUCAUACAACAAUUCCCCAGGUUGAUGGUGCUGAGGCCCUGCUUGUGAACACACACUUUUUGAACCUGUUUUAUCAUCGAAGAAUUGAGAAGAGACUACGAAAUGGGUUACAAAAUAUGAGCCCGCAUCCUUCCGCAGGGAGAGGCAGAGCUGAGUAUGAUAUUGCAGGAGUCUUCUCCAAACUGCGGUGGUGUCCGAAAGGAAAGGAUUAUUUCGGAAAUAUUGUAGGUGCGUUCCAAGCCAGCGAUGACUGCUACGGGAGAGGAGAGACCAUUGAUUGGGUUGGCAGACUUUAAAAGUGUACAGUAUGGAGUAGAGUGAAGUGACUUUGGAGCGAGCAUUGCUAUUGUAAUGGGUGUGAUAGGAGCCUGGAUUAGGUAACACCUAAACCAACAAGGCAUGGCACCAUGUAUUUUGCUGUCCCAACACCGAUGCAUGCGCCUCUUUAUUGGUCUUUGAAAAGUUGACAAGAACACGGGGUGUUGAUUCGGCGAAUCAUCCGAUGAUGUUGUUUCCCCGUUUGCACUUGGGGUGGAUCCUCCUCAAAGGCCGCUCCGAGAACAAUUUCGGUAGUUCGUUGUGCGUCUUAGCCCUGAGUUUCCGUCACUGCCCACUCUGAGUCCCGGUGCGUUCAUCGUCUUCACGAUCGCGUCCACUUCUGUACAAAACUACUCACCCCGAGUUAAUCUAGCUAGUUGAAUAUCAGGGGGGCUUUAUUGCAAUUUCAAGGAGAAUUUUUGCUUGGCUCUAGAAACAAUGCCAUCUCCGGGAGGAGGGAAUAAGGUUGAAACCAAACAGGCAGGAGCGAUGGUUCGUCCAAACAAGCCCCAGAGAAAUCGCUUCCUUCAGGUGCCUUCUCGCACCGAAAGUCGAAGACCGCCACGACAACAGGGUUCCGAUAGAUCCUGACUGUGACAGAUUAAUUGGUUUCUGCCAUUGUGCACUAGGUUGCUGGUGGAGCUUGGGAGGUGUCUUCCGUGCUACAGUACUGAGCGAUAAUCGCGAUCCGAGCGAGGAUCGCGAUCCGUGUGAGGAAGGGGAAAGAGCUGGACUUUGUGUGCUUUUGCGUUUUUAAAAUGGACUGGACUCGAGGCUCGGAACCAAUCUGUCUGCCUUUUCGACGGCAGUUCCGAGUGGAAACGCAAAAGAUUCCAAAGAGUAGAAUAGUAGUGGGCAGAUCGUCGCCUCUGGCUGCUGCCCGUAGUGAGCGGCUCGUGCUCUUUGAGUACUGGUACGUCCACACUAACCCCGCAAAAUUUAGACCUCCCCAGGUCCGGUCGGAUAGUCCCUUCACGAUAGACGACCAGAAGGUAUGCAGUGGAAAGUCUGAGUAUACCAGCUACUACUGGUAUACCGGUACGGGUAGCUGGUCUGUGCUAUCAAUUUGUGCCUGAUGGGUGUGAAAGCAUUUUCCACGGUGCCCUCCACGCACCGAAACCACGGUCACGGACAACCUCUCACGCGACCG